UGGCUAAAGUGCCUCUGAAAAUGACUGCUGGGUGGUAUCAUGCACACUCAGAUCAACUAUAUUUGUCCACAUAUUCAAAGUAUUUGAAUUUCUCCUCUGAAUACUUGUGAUAAAAUAUGUUAGGAAGGUACUGAUUAGAAGAGGAUGUUACUGUACCAGAAGUGGGUGUCAUGCCAGUAUUGUAAUCUUCACUGAUUCCCUGUUGUUAUAGGAUCUAGUUCAAAAAGCUGCUCUGCAAUAAUGUAGUCUUUUCAAAAGUAGAUCACAAUAGGUCUAGCCUAUUGAUCUCAAAAAGCCAACUCUCAGAACAGUUUACUAUAGCAGUUGAAUGGGAAACCACUGGGAAAUCCCAUAGCUAUAGGCUAGGCUGGGAUGUUUUUGUCUGUUUCUUUAUCAUUAUCUGCCUGUUCUUCCUUUGGGAGAUGUCUUAAAUUCAGGAUUGUCUUCAUUUCAGUUUUAUUUUAAGGAACAUCCACAAUGAGUGACAAAAAAGAAUCCAGUGAAUCUACAGAUACAGGAGAUACCACAGAAGGUGGUGAUUAUGAGGAUGAUUUUGAGAAAGACCUUGAGUGGCUAAUUAAUGAAGAAGAAAAAGAAAUCUCUGAUGAUAUACAGAAUCAUGAUGACAAUGAAGAGGAUUUUGAAACUAACACUGACAAAGACUUAGAGGAUAGAAUAAAUCCUUCACAAGAUUCUCUUGAACCUGAAGAAAUACUGAAGGAUGAGGAACGAAAUUCUUCACAAGAGCCUCCUGAGCCUGAGGAAGCUCUAAAUGAUGCACCACAAAAUGAAAUACAUUCUCUACUUGAAUUUGAUCCUAAGGUGUUGGAACCGGCAUCUGAUACAGAUAGUGAAAGCUCCGGUCAGGAAUCAAGGCUAGAAGACAAGGAGGAAGAUGAUGAAGAUAUAAAGCGUUAUAUCUUAGAAAAAAUUGAAGAAGCCAACAGGCUUCUGUUGUGUCAGGAGCCUUUGGAUGAAACAAAAGAAAGAAAACUAAAAUUCAAGGAUAAUCUAGUAGAACUAGAAGUACCAUCUCUGCAAAAUACAGAAGCAGAUAAAAAUGAUCCUUACAGAGAACAAAACAUUGCAGGUAGGCUGUCUCAGUUGCGCAUUUCUAAUGAAACAGGACAGGAAGAUAUAUCUCUUUCUAUUAACGGUGGUACAGAUGAUGAGCACAAGGAUGGCAAGAUCCUAGUAGAAAGAGAUGGGAAGUUUGAACUCUUGAGUAUCCGUGACAUUGAAAGUCAAGGCUUCUUUCCCCCACUAAGUGUUUCUUUCACUGACAUUGAAACUCAACAUAUUUCUCCUAAGACUUCAUACGCUAGUGCUUUUGGCGCAAUCAGUAUAACAAAAGAGGAGUCCUUCCUGCAAACCCCUGUAACAUCUUGUUCUCCUUCCAGAGAACGAUUUAUUUUUAUCCCUCAACCGCCACCUAUUCGACCAAGCUCCGCCAUCAAUAUUACAGGGAAUAUAGAAAAGGGAAAAAGCCCACGCAGGGUCCAGUCAGCAAAAGUGAGCAUUGGUAUAAGAAGUUCUACAUACUGCUUAUCACCCAGGCAAAAAGAGCUCCAAAAACAAGUAGAGCAAAGAAGAGAGAAAACAAGAAAAGAGGAAGAAAUACAGAAAAGGAUGCUGGAGGACUACAAAAAGAGAGAGAAUGACCGAGUCUUCCAGGCUUGGCUGCAAAAGAAAAAAGAACAAAUGCAGCAGGAGAAAAGAGUCCAGCGUGCAAAAGAAAUGGAGAACUUAAACAGCAGAGAGAGUAGAAAUCCAGAAGAAGCUUUCAAAUCGUGGCUUAAAAGAAAGCAGCAGGAACAGAUUAAAGAAAAACAGAUACAAACCCUGAAAGAGCAAGAAGAAGGCAUGUUCUUCCUUCCAAGAACCACUGAAAACGACAAAGCUUAUAAACAAUGGCUAAGGAGGAAGAGACGUGAGAAGCGAGAAGAGCAACUAGUUGCUAGAGAACGAUCAAAACAGUUUAGGCAGGAAGCCAGAAGAGCAAAACAAAUAGAAAAUAUUCUGUGUUCAAUUUCUGAACCAAAGUCCCUUCGCUUUACAGAUCAGUACAGCUGAGAUUUAGAGACACUGGGUGCCUGUCUUCCAGAAUAUCUUGUAUAGCUUGAGAUUGCCUGUUGGAGGUAGUUUCUCUUCUGGAAUGUUUAGUAGUCCUUCAAUAAUGGCUUAAUUUUCUCUGUCUUAGUAAUUUUUCCCUAUCUUAAACUUGGAAUAAUUAUCUAUUUGUGAAUAGAUUGGGAUGGCCUUCUCAGUUCUAUAAAACAUAUGGAAAACAAUAAAUACUCCUCCUGUAACCAGAGUGUAUUUUUUAAAAAAUAGUUUAUCUUCAGAGUUAUCAUUUUCAUACCCAGCAUUUGAUUAAAAACUCUACAACAGUCACAGCUGAUGCCAAAACAAUAGAGCACUUUAUUUAUGUAUGUACCAAUGUUUACUGUUCACUCAGGCAGCUAAGCUAUUUUAAAGUUUUAUUUAAUGAAACUUCUAUUUUUCUGUUUUAUGGGGAAGAAUGGGCUUAUCACACAUUCAGCAGUAGUUACCAAUGACAUUCAAAUAGCCUCCAUUUUUCAGAAGCACUUUCUACUUAUUUUGAAGCAGAAAUCACAAUAUUUGCACUGCUUUGAAAUUUAUCAGCAUAUCCACAUUGUAAAAUAAAAGUGUUAGAAAAUAAAUCUGUUGUUUCAACUUCUUCCCCAAUAUAAAUUUGGGGAAGAAGUUGAAAUGGGACAUUGCUAUCAUAUAGCAUAUAUUUUUUAUGCUGUUCUCUCUCUCAUUCAGAUAUAUGUAAGAUAGCACCUAUUUUUAUAUUGUUUCCUUUCACUCACUCUCUCUCACAUACACCAACAUAUAUAGUUAUAGAUAUACAGUGG